UCAAUGCUUCAAAGAUAUAAUACUUAUUUUAUUAGUGAAAGAGUUGUAAAAAUUAUACAAAAACGUUGAGAACAUUGUUCAUACCAAAUAUGAAGUGAGCAUAAUAUUAAUGAGAAAUGAUAAAAAUGAGAUAAAAAUAACAAGGUAACAAUUUCAUUAUCGAAAAUUUAAAGUUGGCAAAAAGAAGAUACGCGUACUUCGACAAGCAAAACGAAUAGUCGAAACUAAACAACGUGUAAGUAUUACGUCGAUUAUGAAAUGAUAUUACUAUCGUCGGAUAUAUAUUAAUAGCUAAUAAUGAUGUUCCCUUGUAGUGUGGUGAAAUUUAUUUCGAUUUAAGCAGGUAUCCUACAUUUUUACUUAAUAACUUACAAUUUCUUGUUCGAACGAUUUUUCUCAAUUUAUUUAAUUAAUUAGUCAGGCUAUGUAUAUUGAUUUUUAUUUGUGGCAUUUUUUAUUUCACAGUUUUUAUUCACAGUAUCUUUUGUCCAGAAUUUCCACUUUUAGAAAGUAUAAUUUCAUGAAGUCCUGUAUUAUCAUACAAAUCGCAUUCAAGUUCUUAAAACUAAAGAAAUCUUAUCAUUGAACAAAUUCUGAACUGAAUGAAACAUAUAUUUGGAAGGAGAUAAUCUUCUCCUUAUAUCUUGGUUUAUUUAGUCGUAUUCAAAGAUAAUUUUCGUUUUCUUAGAGCGUACAGUAGAAAAUCGAGUAGUAGUCCAGAGAAAAUCGAAAUAUAUUAAGAUGUCUCACUCAAUAUUUGACGAAGUAAAAGUAUUCGAAGAUACGGAUGAAAACACAGACGUAAUUAGAAGUUUCAUUAAAACAGAGCAUGAAUCAACGGAAGAACCGUUCUGUAUUCUUGAUAUUGCUGACGUGAUGCAGAAACAUCAAAAUUGGAUCGCGAAGAUGCCAAGAAUUGUCCCAUAUUAUGCCGUCAAGUGCAAUGCCGAUCCGUUUCUCCUAAAGAUUUUAGCAGUUAUGAAUGUCAAUUUCGAUUGUGCAUCCCAACAAGAAAUACGGAUGGUAAUGAAUCUAGGAGUGUCUCCAAACAGGAUAAUCUUUGCGAACCCGGCUAAGUGGACCACCCAUAUUAAAUUUGCCAAAAUGAUGAAUGUAGAAAAAAUGACCGCCGACAGCGAGAUGGAAAUCCUUAAGAUAAAGGACAUUUUUCCGGAAGCGAAAGUAAUCAUUCGCAUUCGAUGUGACGCCAAAAAUGUUCUGGUAUCACUUGGAACAAAAUUCGGUUGUGAUCCAGACGAAGAAGCAGUUCGAUUGAUACAUUUGACGAAAAGCCUUGGUUUAAAAUUAUGGGGCUUUAGUUUUCAUGUCGGCUAUCUAUGUUCUGAAUCAGACGCUUACGUUAGAGGAAUCAGAACGUGUAAGAAACUAAUCUCGAUUGCUAAAGAAAUUGGAUGUAAAGACGUUCAAUUGAUCGAUAUCGGCGGUGGAUUUCCUGGCAACAGAGGAUACUCUAUCGACGAGGUUGCGAGACGUAUUAACAACGAGAUCGAGGACAUCGACCCGAGUAUCUCGAUCAUCAGCGAGCCGGGACAAUAUUAUGCAACAUCGGCAUAUACUUUGGUGUCACUCGUGCACACAAAGAGGAUUGUCCGUCAGGCGGAUGGAAUGGUUAGAAUGUAUUAUAUGAAUUGUGGAGUGUAUAACGGUUUUAUAGAGGAAAUGUUGAAUUUAAAAGAGAGACUGCCGAUACCGGUGUAUAAGCCAGCGAGCGAUGCGAAAUUCCUUUCAUACGUUUGGGGUCCGACCUGUGACUCUAUGGAUUGUAUCUUGAAAAAUGUAAUGUUGCCAGAAUUUCACCAAGGUGAUUGGUUAGCCUGGAUGGAUAUUGGAUCCUAUAGCAUAUGUCUCAGUACUUCUUUCAAUGGUUUUGCACCGCCUAAAGUGCAUCCGUGUGCUAGAAAAAGCCAAUGGAAAGAUUUUAUUGAUUACACGAAGAAAAUGCAAAAAUCGCAGGAAUAACGGAAGGAGCAAUAAGCUAAUAAAAACCAGUUGAUAUGGACAUUGUUAGAUAUUGCUUCGAACUUGACUUUAUUUAUAAAAUUAUGCAGGGAAUUAUAUAUGGAAUUGCAAAAAUUGUGCUGAACUUAUUUGAUUGUAAAUAUAAUGAUAUAUUAGAUUCCAGAAUUCUAAGUGUGUAAAUGAAGUAUUUUUCAGUCUUGUAUGAUAUGAAAAAGUUACGUAUGUAAAUAUAAUUAAUUCUUAAGAGACAACGAUUUUAUUCGUGUAUAUAAAAAAUGUAUGGGUGUAUACUUUUUCGGCAUAGUUUUGUAUGAAAAUAUGCAGGUUGAGUCACAUAAAAGUUCAACCUGAAAGACUUUCAAUAAUCUUAAUUAUAUAGAUAAAUGUUUGAGAUAAAAUUUGAUUGUCUUCAGGGUUAUAUGUUAUUAGCGUCCACGUGAGGUGGGUGAAUUUUAGGUCAAAAUUGCCUCUUUCGGUAGAAUCAUGUAUUUUUUAAGACAUUAAUUCAUGUAGCUGGAGAUUCUCUAUAACAAAAUUACUACCCCACUUAUGUCCAGCAAUUAUUAGUUUAGUCGAUAUUUUGGCUUUUAUUUUGUAAGAUUUAUCGUAUGAAAGACGAGGAAAACAAAUAUAAAAGUAGUGCCUUGCGCUUUUCUUGCCUUUCAUACGAUAAGUUUCACAGAAUAAAAGUUAAAAUAUCUACUAAGUUAAAUAGUUUUCGACAUAAGUAGGUUAAUUAUUUACUACUUUUACGCUUAUAGAAUAUAAUGCCUACACUUAAAGAGAACCUCAUACAUGAGAAUACGUUUUUCCUGUAACUAUUUAACUUUUAUCUGAAAUGUUCUGCGGAAUAAUUAACAGUAUCGAAAAUACAUUGCUUUUAACAUUUACGUGACACAUCCUGUGUACGUUUUAUCAGUAUAUAGUUAUAUAAUAAUUUGCUACUUA